ACUUUAGUACGAUCGUGAGUGGCUUGGUGUAAGGAAGUGUUUCUACCACAAUGGGAACCCUAGCACAGUUGAUGAUCUUCGUAGCGGUUCUAUCGCUGAUUGGUGCUGACAACGCCGACUUCACGUGCGGCACGCGACGUGUCGUCAAGGAGUUCUUGAUAGUGGCUGGCAGUGAUACAUCCGCCGGGGACUGGCCGUGGCAUGUGGCGAUCCUUCAUCGGGAAAGUCGCGACUCUAGUACGUACGCCUGCGGUGGAACGCUGCUGAGUUCGCAGUUUGUGCUGACGGCUCGACAUUGCUUGGAAAGCCAGAAGAACCACCACAUGCUGGGGCCCAGGUUGAUUCUGGUUGAAGCUGGUCUCCACUAUCGGGAUGAGAUCACGAGUUACACUCAGCGGCACACUGUUCACAGGAUUCAUCAGGUUCCGGAGGAGGAUGGGACCAGUUUGCAUGGGGAUAUUGCAUUGCUGGAGCUGAGUACGGUGGUGAAGUACAACGAUCAUGUGCUACCGGCCUGUCUGUACCUCGGGGACGACCUUAUUGGACGUACUGGAACGGUUGUAGGCUGGGGAUUUACCGAAAAGGAGGAGUUAUCUACAGUUUUGAAGUCUGCUCAACUGCCCGUCAUCGGUACGAUCGACUGCCUUCUGAGUAACAGGGCUGUUUUCGGCGAUACAAUCAACCACGACCUGAUCUGCGCCGGACACCUUAACGGAACCACAGUCUGUAACGGAGACAGUGGCGGUGGACUGUUUUUCAGGGAUAGUGGAAGAUGGUUUCUGGGUGCGAUCGUAUCUUUUGCGCAGAAACGCAAUGGCAGUGAUCUCUGCUUCGUCAAUGGCUACGGAAUGUUCACAAAGGUACACACCUAUCUGCCCUGGAUCAGGAAUGUCACUGGACAGCGAUUUACCGUUCCCGCAGUAAGCCCGACCGCUCCAACACCAGUAAUACGGUUCCAGCAAGAAGACAAGACCCUCUGCGCCAACACCGCCAACGGAUGCUGUCCGGACGGAGUUACCCCGGCUAGUACCGGCUGCACGCCUUCCCGUCCAACGGUUCGCGUGGACAAACCGGCGGUAGCUCACGUUGGUGGCGUCGCCAGAAUUCGUUGCGUUGCACAGGGUUAUCCCCGUCCAACGGUGACCUGGACCGUAGCUGGACAAACCCCGAGCGCGUUCGGUAGAGCACGCGCUGAAGAUCACGGGGAUUACCACAUCUUGGUAAUAUCCAAUGUCGAAGCUUCAGACAAUCAAAAGCAGAUAAAUUGUAAUGCUAAAAACCGGCACGGUUCCCAGAUGUACGGUUGGACACUGCCAGUGAUGCAAGGGCGAUCCUCAAACAUCAUUGAAAAAGUCCCCAACCAAGUUUAUCAAGUGGCACCGACCUACACCAGCACGGUGGGACAGCGACCGACAGUGAGGAUAGAAGGACCGACCCACGUUCGGCUCGGCAGUACCGCUACCCUCCAGUGCAACGCUCAGGGUCAUCCCAGACCGGAGGUCACGUGGUCCCUCGACGGUCAACGGUUGUCCUCAUCCGGAAGGUACAGCAUCGUGGAGGACGGAACGACGAGCCAGCACCGGUUGGUGAUAUCCGGUGUCAGUCGAUCGGACAGCCUGAAAAUGUUCAAGUGUCACGGACAGAACCAGCACGGCUCGAUGACGUCCGGGAGGUCGUUUGUUGUUACGUGAGGAAGAAUCUUUGAAAUACCUUUCUAGAAACGAGAUUAGUGAAAUUGUUACAAUUAGCUAGAGAGCAAUCUAAAAUAAUUAUAUCUAAAAAAACAUAUUUGCCCUUUUCACAUGUUAAUCCAGGUAUAAAUAUAACACUGUUAUUUAAACUGAAGCUUUCAAUUCUCUUAAAGCUACACUCAAACCCCGACGGUUUGACAUCAACUGUUGUCAAACGAAUUGGGUCACUUUUUAGUUUGACACCCCUUUUACACGGAGUUCACACAUACUAUCAAACGUUUGUUUUGAUAGUGUGCGUGAGCACCAACCAACGGGGUACAAACUGAAAAAGUGACAAACGAAAAAGUGACCAUUGACCAACCACCGGGGGUUGAGGGGGUUGAGUGAACUCUAAAGUAAUGAUUCGGAAUUAGAUUAAAAUCUAUAAUUAUUUGUGGAUACAUACAUGUAAAUAGGGCAUAAAGGGUUUUGAAGGCAUAUUCUCCAUAUCCCGUUUCCUUUAGUAUUAUAAGAUAGGUUAGCCGAUUAGUUAAAUUAGUUCAAAAUAAAUUCUUAUAAAAAUGUUGUCAAUAAAUAUUUCUUUAAGUGCAUCUCCAGCGCUGGGGGUAGACAUCGAAGCAAAUCAAAUUUGCACCCAACGUCAACCCCACCGCGGUACCUGUCACGGUAGCAAAUUUGCUCUCAGUUCUUCGGGUGUUCAGCCUGUUUGCUACCGCAUCAACCCACUGAGAAUUUAGGCUCGAGCCUCGAGUCGAUCUGCCUGAAUCGAGUCGAAGCUCGAGCCAAAAUUCUCAGUGAGAAAUGGAGUUAUACACGGAAAAA